AUGGGUGAAUCGGUUUUAGUGAACAGCUAUGAAAGUAAUGAAUACACAGAUGAUAAUGCCCUGAUUCCUAAGAACUCGUCGGUAAUUGUUAGAAGAAUCCCUAUUGGAGGAGUUAAAGCUACCAGCAAAACAUAUGUUAUAAGUCGAACUGAGCCAGUGAGUGGAACAUCAAAAGCAGUAUGUAAAAACACAAUCUCACACUUUUUUCUACACACUGCACUUAAUUCUAAACCAUGUAGCCUUUUUUAA